AUGAGAACCUCGAGGCACAAGCUGAAGAGCGAGAACUUCCGUUUAUGGGCGUCAAGCGAGUGCCGCGUCUACCGCAGCUUCAUCAUCAACUAUCGUACCAUAUGUGAGCUAGGUCAAGAAAAUAGACUGGGUGCUCAAGUUGAACUUGACAAGUUCUCCGUCAGCCAUGACGCUCUCAACAAAACAGCCUCAGCAUCGUGCACGUCUCAAGCUGUCAACCGUCGGCUCUGGCAGAGGGCUGAAGUUCAGCCGCUGAACGAUGUUCAGAUGUUCAGUGAACAUAUCUGGUUUGUCGAUCGGGAUAAGUUCAAGAUGGACUCAUAUCCUACGCUCGCUGGCAUUGACUUCGUCGGUCCCCACCAGCAGCGUGGCCAGAGGCAUUCAGCUGCUGAUGUUGCCUCCAUUCUCGCCCAAUUUGGCCUUCUACGAACGCUGCCACAAGGAGUAUCAGAAUGGGUUGAGACUCUCAACUUGAGAGCCAUGCUGCUGGAGACCAACUCACCGACUUUCUACUGGUGGAAGUUUUACAGCCUGGUCACCCACGCUUACAACAACUCCCCAUUACCUGGCUCCUCUUUAGCUGCUGCUGCUGCUGUCACCCCUAAUGACUUGUAUCUUGCCAAGGGAUCUACAACGUUGCUACCCGGUGGAGCUGCUGAUCUCCCUUCAUCGCCCGCUGCCGAGCACUUCAUUGAGGCGUUUGAAGCUAUUCCGGGAAUAGUAUUCCCCCCCUCCGAGCUGGCCUCUAACUUAGAGGCUCUAAGGCGUGUCGGCCCUAUUGAGCUCGGUUCCUGGGUCUAA